AUGCCUCCGCCAGCUACACCGUCUCCCCACCGCUUCCUCAAAGGCCAUCGUCGCCAGGAACCACCAGCGAGUAGACAGAAGCCACCAUCUGCUCUCCGCCAGCAAAUAGACAGGGAACCACCAGCACAACCCCAAGAAACCCCAACCACGUUGUCCCAAUUCAAUGCACCGCCAAGGUUCUCUGUCGGCAAAAGAAGGCCAGUAGCACCACCUACGCAGCGAUCGCCAUCUCCACAGAAGCACUCAUUAGUCAAUACGCUACGAUCUACCGGCCGGCCGGUCGAGGAUGUUGAAGAUGCGCAGGAUCAGGCUGAUGAUGAGGAGAUGCUUGAUCUUGAGCAGGCAGAUGUGCGGCCAACGACUGAGCAUCAAGACAGGCGGGACUGGACAAGCGACUUAGCUCUGUCGCCUAAGCGACGCCGACUCGAUCCACAUGAUGACACCGCGGAUACGACACAGAGAAGCUAUAGACCCGAGGAGCAUCCAAGAGCGCGGCCAUCCGCAUCCGUACCUCCGUUUGCCACCCCCAAACCCCCAGAAACCUCCACCAUCACGACAGCCCCUCAACGCCCAGCAUUCCUCCGCCCAUCAGCACCACCCCAGGAACCGAGCGAACCACUACCAGAGACCUUCUCACCCCACAAGCGAGGCCAGAAGUUCGUCCCAGGCGGCAUGGCUGCCACAGUCCAACAAUGGGUCAUCGAGACCGGGCAAGCUGCUGUGCAGAGUCGAAGAGGUCAUGGCUACCUGAAAGGAGAGAACUAUGUUGCAAAGGUGAAGGUGGACGAGGUGUUAGGGCAAGGGCCGUUCACGGUGUUGGGGAAGAACGCGGAGAUGGAGGCCGUGGCGUUGCUGCUCGCUGGCAAGGUCAAGGAGGACGAUGAGAGAACGGGAUUGAAGCAGGGAGAUGUUCUUGGGGUAAGGGCGCCGACGUGGGAGGUGGAGGUUGAUGGGAGGAGUUGGUGCGUGGGUGUGGACUGGAAGGUCAUGUCGUGA